AUGGCCGCACAAUCCGGAAUGGUAAAUCCGGCCAUUUUUCAGGAUCUACAGUCGCGCAUUGACGAAGAUACUGCUGUUCGUGAUGAACUACGCGAUAUCAUCCAGGCACUCGAGAAGCACAACCGCAACGUUUCCUUCGUACUGUCGAGAGCUCAUUCUACGCCCGUAUCCGACCGUGAGAUCCGCUACUUUGAUACAUGCAAGCUUCAAUUGCUAAUGAUGGUAACAGUGUCAGAAGUGCUCAAGGCAGCCGAAGAGCCUAUCAAGAAUGUAGUCGAAACUGUAUCAAAGCUGUCGCAAGCCGCAUCAAAAAUGCCCUACUACAAAUUCAACAACAUGUGGAGCCGCCAGAUGCAAGGUGCUGCUGAGAGCGUGCUUCUUUGGGGAUGGCUCGGUGGCUAUCAGUAUCAAGGUGGCGAAGUUCAAUGCGGACGUCUGCUGACUAUCGAGGAGCUCGGUGAGAUCUUGAACAUCCCUGUCAAUCUCAAAGAUCGUGAUGAGUUCCAUCUAUCGCUUGAGGAGUACUUGCAGGCGCUCAUCACGCUCGUGGAGGAGCUGACUCGCCUUGCGCGCAACGCAGUCACAUUGGGCGACUAUGACCGUCCUCUACUGAUCAAUCAGUUUGUCAAAGAUCUGCACGCGGGUUUCCAGAUUCUCAACCUCAAGAACGACAGCCUGCGCCGUCGUAGCGAUGGUCUGAAGUAUAGAGUAAAGGACGUAGAAGAUGUUGUCUACGACCUUUCAUUGAGGAACCUAGUUCCCAGGAAAGGUGAGCAGAAGCAAUAG